AUGUCUUGUUGGCGCAUGCUGGAGCUCUCCGAGCAGACUGACGACAAGCACAUCCCCCAGUUACUCGUCAAACCCGCCUUCGAUCUGGACUCGUACAUAGUACAUCUUACCGACCUCAGCAACAUAUGGUGCGAAGAGCUAGACGUACAUGGCAUAGUAAAACGGGCGGCACAGGAGCAAUCGCCAAUCGAAGUCAGCAAACAGGAUACGGCGCAGCUUGCCAUCCUUCUCGAAAAUGUCAAGAAAUCCCUAUUGAAUGGAGAGGAUGCCAUAUGUCGUGCCACUCGUAACGACGCGGACGGCAUCACUUUGCACACUAGUAUCAGCCUUCCAGAGCCACUCGACUGCUUGACGUGGAAGUUCCAUCUGGAAAAGCGAACGUCUGCAACUCUGAAAAACGAACUGAUUCUUCCGCUCCUUGUAUCAUCUCACAUUCAGAAUGAGCGAAUCACUGCCCUCAUUUCUAUCGUGACCGAAAAGGACAGGGCGAUCUCUCGACUCGUAGAUCAGUUCGAAUCCCACAACAUGGACUUGGCUGCCGCUUUUCCCAGCAUCGGUGGAACGAAGACAGGAAGGAGGAUAGUCAAACGUGAACAAGCGGCGAAGCACGUUCCCGCCUUACGACCUUUUCGUGAAGAAGCAUGGAGGCAGGAGACUGAGCAAUUAGAAGACACAAACCUGACUACAUUUGGCUUGUUCCAGGAAGCAUUAGCGCAGAGUACCCCAAGAGUACCACGGCAAUUGAAAUCAGAGGAUCGGGGGGUUGCGUGGUGGAUUGCGGUCCCCACCCAGUUGAUUCCAGCGAAAGCUCUGGCUAUACACAAAGCUAAUAAGCCUGUUCCGGCAGCAAAGUCAACGAAAGUUGCCCUGGACUCGGACGAAGAAGAGACAGAGGAUGAAUUUGAGAUUCAUGAAAACUUCAACGCACGCAAUAUUGCCCGAAAGCCAGCAAAGACUCCAGCGCCAAUACCUUCUUCGCCACACGAUAGAACUAGUGAGACAGAAAACGACAGUACUGAGGAAGAUGAGGAUCUGGAUGCACUUACUAAGAGUCAGAGCAAAAGACAGGCUCAAACGGCACACAAGAGAGUUCGGAAGAGGACACCCUCACCUGAGCAUCACUCUUCACCUGAGACGGCUACACCACCAGUUCAGAAGGCCAAAGUAGGCAGCUUUCGAAUAGGUGGUAAGCUGAGAAGAACGACCAAAUCUCCUCCGCCAUUGCCAGAGAAUACAGAUGUGGAACUGGAGACAGAUAUCCUAUCGAGCAGGGAGUCUGCGCCUCCCUCACAACUGACCCAAUCAGUUCUGACACCAAAGAAAACCCGCAAGCCUUUCAGGAUCGGUGGCAAAGGAAAGACAGUCGAUGGAUGUGCUUCACAACGCGCGAUAACAGCUUCACCAAGCACCAACCGCAUCAGAGCCACGCAAUCGCCUACUGUAGAACCAUCUUCUUCCCUGCCACCGCCUAGGGUGGUGAAAGAAACGUCGCCCGUUCAGGAGGUACAUGAGGAGACGCCAGAGGAAAAAGCAGAGCGGAAGCGGGCUGAACUCAAGCGGAAGAAUGAGGGAGCAGCGAAGAAACAGGCCCAGGCGAAAAAGAAGAAAAGGUUUUGA